UUUUCAUCACUGUGACACUGAUUUGACAGGGAAAUUUGUAGAAAUUUCCGGAAUCUUUUUCCAUUUGUUGAUUUAUUCUCAUCUUUCUUUAAAUAGCAGUGGACUCGCCACUUCCACACAAACAGAAAUCAUAACCAACUCUCUAACUGAAGUAACUAACUCAAGCCGAACUUCACUAUCUUCAUGGUUAGUAGUACAUCAUCUGCUACUUCGUCAUCUCCUUCUUCUUCAUCGUCGACUAUAUCGCCGUUACCGAUGGAGGGGUUGCACGACAUAGGUCCACCGCCUUUCCUAACUAAAACCUACGAAAUGGUUGAAGACCCUGGAACAGAUUCAAUUGUUUCCUGGAGUGUAACUCGUAAUAGCUUCAUUGUUUGGGAUUCACAUAAACUUGCAUCCAGUCUUCUGCCUAGGUACUUCAAGCAUGGUAAUUUUUCGAGCUUUGUUCGUCAGCUCAACACUUAUGGAUUCAAGAAGGUUGAUCCGGAUCGCUGGGAAUUUGCGAACGAAGGGUUUUUGGGAGGGCAAAAGCAUUUGUUGAAGUAUAUCAAGAGGAGGAGAAAUAUAGCUCAAAACAUGCAACAACAAGGACUAAGUGCUUGUGUUGAGUUAGGAAAAUUUGGAUUGGAAGACGAAAUUGAUAGGCUUAAACGAGAUCGCAGUGUGUUAAUGUCCCAAGUUGUGAGAUUGCGGCAGCAGCAACAGGAUUCUGAGGGUGAAAUUGUAGUCAUUGAAAAAAGAUUGCAAGUAAUUGAAAGCAAGCAGAGAAAUUUGAUGGGUUUCCUUGCGAAAGCGCUAAAGAACUCUGAUUUUGUACAUCAAUUAAUCAGCCGGAAUGAGCAGAACAAAGAAUUGGGUCAUGGAAUUGGAACUGGAAAAAGAAGAAGAUUGCUUGCUAGUACCAGUGCGGAAGUCUUGCACCUGGAAGGGAUUUUGGAGGAUAUCCAGGUUGAGGAUUAUCUGGAUCAUGCUGUAAAAGAAGAGACUGUGAUUGAGUCAGACGUGGAGACAUUAUACGCCACUGCUAAUACUGAACUAAAUAAUCUUAUUCAAGAGAGUGAUUCCGGUUUGGGUUCUUUUAGUGACUUCAUAUGGGAGAAGUCACUGGUCGAAGAUAUGGUUUCAGGUUAUGAAGAGGCGGAAAUGAAAGUUGGCGAUCAAUUUGAUUGUUUAGGUGAUGUUCAAUUGGAAGACUUAGUUGCUGAUCCGUCAGAAUGGGGUGAUGAACUCGCGCAGGAGUUAGUUGAUCACAUGGAGUUUCCUGAAUCAAAACCAUGAACAAAAAUUCUACAAUUACACUUUGUGUGCAGCAUAUCCAGCAAAAGAACUUGUUUUUAGUGUGCAAAUGAUUAUUUACUUAUUUGUAGCUCUACCGAGUUAAAGUCUUUCUAAUUUCUUAUGAUUUCAUUAAUUUAUGAAGAUUUUAAUUUUUUUUUAAACAUGUUUCUGUAGGGUUCGAUGAAGAUGGAAAUUGGAUUCUACUCGAUGAUCGUUACUAGAAGAGCAAUUUACCAUAAGCUAUUGCAGAUGCUACUAUCUGUCUACUCAAUGAUCACUACUGUAAGAGCAAGAUAUACCAUGUUGCUGCAACUGCUGCUAUCUUUCCAUGAAAUAUAUUCUCAACAUUUUUCCAAAAUUUAGGCUACUACUUAGCAUAUUAUAGAUAGAAAUUUAGCUGCUAGUCUGCUACAUAAUGAAAUGUAAUCUGUGCAUUUUAAAACACGAAAGAAGAAUACUGAAAAAAAUUCAUUCAUUCAAUUAUUCGAUGUUA